ACUCCACAGCUAUCUAACGCCCGAGAGAGUGCGAUAAGAGACUAACGACAAUCGCUCAUCGGGUCCUCGAGCCAUCUGCGUCAUCCUCUGCCUCGUCUACUAGCCACUAGGAAUCAACGACAAGCUCUCGCGAGCCACACCUCCCCCGCACGGCCGCGAAAAGGCAGCCACGCUCGCGUUCCUCGCACGGAGACGAGAGAGGCCGUCUAAGGAUAAGGAUAAGGAUCGGCGUUGGAGGGAGCGCCGGAGUUGGCGUCGCUCGGAGCUAAGGAGGCGCCGGGACGCGCACAUGCCCGCGGGUAUAGGCGCUUCGUACAGGUCCCUCGGGGACCUGGGCGAAGACGUAUACAAGAGCACGACCAUCGUCGAGCAGAGCCAGACGACAGGCCAGAGCGUCCUCGAGUCCGUGAAGAAGGCCUUCAGCUUCGCCGCGCCCAAGGUCGAGCUUGGCAACAGGAAGAAGGAGCCGCUUAUCGAAGACAGGCGCGAGAGCGCCUCCAUCGUGUCCAGGGAAAGAAAUAAGAUGCCAACCGCAGCCACUGCCGAGGAAUCUGCUCUCUUGGGCGCGAUGCCGUCUGACAGUAUGGAUGACAUCGAGCUGAAGAAUAUCCAGCUGCAGUUCCCAGCAUUGAGGUACUUGACGAGGGACGACGGCUCGGUGCGCGAGGAACGCGUUGAUACUGAUAAAGGCUCGUUACUUGUCGCCGUCCAAGGCAAUCGAGCCAAGCCUGCUAUUAUCACCUAUCACGAUCUGGGCCUUAACUAUAUCUCGAGCUUCCAAGGAUUCUUCAAUUACAUCGAUAUGCGAGUUCUCCUAGAAAACUUCUGCGUUUAUCACGUUAAUGCCCCAGGUCAAGAGGAAGGCGCUGCGACAUUAGCUGAGGAAUACAUCUAUCCGACGAUGGAAGAGCUGGCGGAGCAGUUGCUGUUCGUCGUGGGCCACUUCGGACUGAGAUCGGUGAUCGGGUUUGGAGUCGGGGCGGGCGCCAACAUCCUCGCCCGAUUCGCCUUGGCACAUCCCGAGAAGGUCAAUGCCCUCUGCCUCAUCAAUUGCGUGUCCACGCAGGCAGGAUGGAUCGAGUGGGGCUAUCAGAAGCUCAAUUGCCGACACCUGCGCUCCCAGGGCAUGACCCAAGGCGUCCUCGAUUACCUCAUGUGGCACCACUUUGGAAGGGGCACCGAGGAGAGGAAUCACGACCUGGUACAAGUCUACAAGAACUACUUCGAGCGUCGGGUGAAUCCUACGAACCUCGCCCUCUUCAUCGACAGCUACGUGCGCCGCACGGACCUUAAUAUCGCCCGUGAGCUCGACCCGACGCGCAAAAGGGACGGCUCGACCCUCGCCGUGCCUGUGAUGAACAUCACCGGAUCAUUGAGUCCUCACGUCGACGACACCGUCACACUCAACGGCCGACUCGACCCCACCAACAGCUCGUGGAUGAAGAUUUCGGAUUGCGGAAUGGUAUUAGAAGAACAACCUGGAAAAGUAAGCGAAGCCUUUCGGCUGUUUCUUCAGGGUGAAGGAUAUGUGGUGAGAUCCCCGGGGAAGCCCACGACGCCUACAACACCCGAAGUUGCGCCGCUCUCGCCGCUAAAGAUGGCCGACUACAGGCUCGCUUCGCUCGAGGGUCUGAACCACAUCUGCAGCAAGAAAAUAGACUGGCCGACCGCGACCAUACAUAUCACCGAGAAUCCGUUGCCUGAAGCCGUUGUCUGCUAAGCGGAUAGCAUGCAUCCUUUCUUUUUGUUUUUAAGAGAUCGGGGAGUGGGAUGGGAUU